CAAAAUAACAAAACCCACCUUCCCCUCUCUUUCACAUAUCACUUCUCAACCUCUUUUCCACAUUCUCCACCUCUCCUCCGCCCUCUGCCCUCCGCCUCAGUGUCUCUCUAUCUAUUGCCUGCUAGUCCCCUUGUCGGAGUCCGGAUGGUUCAGGCGAAACGCCAAAGCAUUUUUUUCAUCUAAGCGGGAAAACACAAGUGAGUGGGGGAUGGGGCCGUAUGACUACGGUAUCUCCGCCGGAAGCAGCAGCAGCAGCUCGUCUUCAUGCGCGGGGGGAAAACCGACGGAACUAGACGGGCUACUAGCUGGUGCCGGGUACAAGGUGAGGUCCUCAGAUCUCCACCAGGUGGCACAGCGUCUCGAGAAACUGGAGACGUUCAUGGUCAAUGCUCCAACAGAGAUCUCCCAACUCGCCUCCGAGGCUGUACACUACAACCCCUCCGACCUUGCAUCCUGGGUGGACUCCAUGCUCUCAGAAAUCAAUCAGCCCUUCCCUGUAUCAUCUUCUGAUCUAUCAGACUUUUCCGAUUUCCAUUACAUGGAUGAUUUAGUAACUCCACCCCUCCAACACGAGGUGCUUACCGACGCCUGGGCUGAUCAGAGUGCGCAACAGCAACAACCACAACCUCCUCUUCAGCAGCAGCAGCUGACUGUGGUGGCUGCAAUUGAAGAAGAUUCCGGCAUCAAGUUAGUGCAUUUGCUGCUCACGUGCGCCGAGUCAAUACAACGUGGCGACCUCGCAUUGGCUGGAACCUUGCUAGAAAAGAUGCGGGCGUUAUUGUCGCGUGUCAACACUGGAUGCGGCAUCGGAAAAGUCGCCGGAUACUUCAUCGACGCCCUGAGCCGCCGGCUUUUCUCACCCCAAGCCGUAUGCGCCGGCUCCGUGCUUGAGAACGAGAUCUUGUACCAUCACUUCUACGAGGCCUGCCCGUACCUCAAGUUCGCCCACUUCACGGCAAACCAGGCCAUCCUCGAAGCAUUCGAUGGCCACGAUUGUGUCCACGUCGUCGAUUUCAACCUGAUGCAUGGACUACAAUGGCCGGCCCUGAUUCAAGCCCUUGCACUCCGUCCGGGUGGUCCACCCUUACUCCGUCUCACCGGGAUUGGACCCCCAUCUCCCGACGGGCGCGAUUCGCUUCGUGAAAUUGGGUUGAAGCUCGCCGAGCUGGCCCGGUCCGUAAACGUCCGGUUUGCCUUCCGAGGAGUGGCAGCUUCACGGCUCGAUGAUGUGAAGCCGUGGAUGCUCCAAGUCGGUCCCAGAGAGGCGGUUGCCAUAAAUUCAAUAAUGCAGCUCCACAAGCUACUUGGUCCAGACCCUAAUCGCGGCUCACCCAUCGACUCGGUACUCGGAUGGGUUCGUAGUCUAAACCCGAAGAUCAUAACGGUGGUGGAACAAGAGGCGAAUCACAACCAACCGGAAUUCCUGGAUCGUUUCACAGAGGCAUUAUAUUACUAUUCCACAAUGUUUGAUUCACUAGAGUCUUGCACGCUCCAACCGGAAAAGGCCGUGGCCGAGAUGUACAUACAGAGGGAGAUUUGUAACGUGGUAAGCUGUGAAGGUUCGGCUCGGGUGGAGCGCCACGAACCGCUGGCAAAGUGGAGAGCCCGGUUGGGUGGAGCCGGUUUCCGGCCGUUGCAUCUAGGAUCAAAUGCAUUCAAGCAAGCCAGUAUGCUAUUGACGUUGUUCUCGGCGGAGGGAUAUUGCGUGGAGGAGAACCAGGGUUGCUUGACACUGGGCUGGCAUAGCCGGCCUCUCAUCGCAGCCUCGGCCUGGCAAGCCGUCCCACUGCCCGACACCAACUCUCUUCCAACAAUAAACGACUGUGUUUUGUAAUUAUUCUUUUCAAUAAUUUUCUUCUAUAUUUUUAUUUUUAUGUUUUAAAUAUAAAUUAGGGUAAUUUCUAAUUUGACUAUUUGAGACUUGAGAGGGAAGCUUUAUUUUCUCAAGAAGGUUCUUCUUCUCAACCAAUAAAAACUUUUUAGACAAACAUAUUCAA